AUGACGGAAUACACGGUUAUGGACAAUUUUUUCGCCGACUACGCGGUAAUAAUACUCUAUGCCGUGUUGGCGUUGACCGGACUAAUUGGCAAUUUCUGGGUUAUGAUGACAGUAUCUAAUCAACUCUUUGGCACGUAUGUAUUCACCACAAAAGGCAAAGAUUGCCCAAUACGAAGGCAGAAGUCGCUGGGUCGAAGUGUCACUGGAGUCCAGUCAUCGGCAUGUAUAUAUCUGUUAAUGCUCUCUGUUGUUGAUCUGAUUUCCUUUGUGCCGGUUCCACUGUUGGCAGUGGACAUCUUGGAGAACCGAUGGCCUUAUGGGAUUUCGGGUAAGUGCAAUUGCUACGGUCUAAUUCAAACUCAGACUUGUUUUUUAGUCAUCAUUUUUAACAAAAAUAAUCUUUUCAGUAUGUAAAUUGCUGUACGCAUGCGAAGCGGUCAACAAAUCGUUGUCGCCGUUGAUUUUGACUGCUCUCAGUGUUGACCGGUACAUAGCGGUGUGCCGACCGACCUUUAUGUGGAUGCGACGGUCGAGAUUCGCGUGUUUGGUGAUUUUCGUUUGCUCAAUGAUCUCGUUUCUUUUUAUUCUGCCAGUCACAGCGCAUGCGACAGUCAGCGUCAUCCCUGACUUUAAAGGUACGGGGUUUAUGACUUUGUCAGAUUAUGUUACAGUCAUUAUUUUACUGUAAAGCAAUGAUGCCUUAAGACGUUCAUGAAAACAAAAUUUUUGUUCCUUUCAGGCGACGAACACCGAAAAUGUGUGGUCCAAAUGUCAAGGACGUUCGACCUUCUACAUUCGGUUACUUGCUAUGUAUUGCCGUUAUUCUUUAUCUGCUCCGUAUACGUAGCAAUUCUGAGGCGGUUAUACGAGCAUACUCGCAGAUCAUCAAUGGCUUCAAAAACGACAAUAUCCCUAAGUCGAGUUGUGAAAUGCUCAGUGAUGGUUGUGGCGUUCUAUUUCAUUUGUUGGACACCCUACUGGGGAAUGAGGAUACUGUCGUUGUUUGCUGAGGGUAAGUGGAGCUAAAAUGGCGUUAUUGUCAUAGCUACAAUAUCUUGCAAAACACAGUUUUUGCCUUCAAAAGUUUAUUUUUUAAUUUAAAAUACGUAUUUGGAGUUUGUAUUCUCCAACCUCGACUUUCCUAAUGUCACGUUAUGUCAUUUGAGGCUAUUUCUACUCCUUCUGACAGCAUCAACACGUUGUUUGAAGUUUCACGAGCAAUAACACGUCCCCUCCCGACAAGUACUCUGCACUCCUCGGGGGGAUAAACAAAACUUGUUUAGCAACUUUAUCGUACUUUUUUUCUCCCCGCCGAACACAUGGCUUUCGUUACGAGACAUGACCGCAUACUUUUCUUCAAAACUUUACUCAAAUUCCCCCAUUCCGUUGGGCUCGAAUCUCGGGAAUGUUGGGACAUGUUUGUGGUCAAUGGGAACGGUCACAGCUUUCAAUCAUUUUGAUGGAAUGAUGCGAUCAGAUAACGAGCAAGAAACGAGAAGGCAGGGGAGAUUUGUAGGAAGGAAAGAGGGAUUUGUAUAGUUGAGGGAGAUAUUUACAGGGGAGACGGUUAGAAAGUGGAAUGCGGAAUGUUUGUAGAGACUUGUGAUCUAAGGAUUGUAGCAUAUGAUCUUUUUAUUGUGGAGGGAAAACUGAGGCAGGAAAACACAAAUGAAUACAACAAUUUCUCAGAAGCUACGAGGAAAUAGCAAAAUAUUUAUGAACAUCACAAAGUUUGGGGAGAAUUUAGGAGAUUGAACUCACAUAUUUUGGAUAGCAAACAUCUUCAAAAAUGAUACAAAAACUUGAAAAAUUCAGAGAAAGUGUACGGUAUUUUGACGUAUGGAUUUUGACAAAAUUCUGCCAGAGAUACGAUUAUGACGAUUUGUGAUACAUUUGCGAGACUUUCUGUGAGGCUCUGCAAAAAAAAAAGAAGAUUUUUAGGUCAGCAUGAGCAAGAAAUUUUGCGUAUUUUGUGAUUUUUGGGUUGAAAAAAUCGAGAAAAUCUAAAUUCAGGCUCGGUUUUUGUUAUGUUUGAGCUAAACUCAUCAUUUUACGCGUUCGUCUGCAAAAAGAACAGCUGAAAAUCACAGAUGAGGACACAAAUCUUGAGCCAAAUUUUUUAUGAUUUCUGGGAGCCCCUUAAAAAGUAUGUAAGCACCAUUUGAUUUACCUCAAAGGCUCGAAAUUGUGGUUUCUUUUUGAUGAUGUAGCCCUCAAUUUUCAAGUACCAUUUAUUUUACGAACUUUCCCCAUAAAAAUAGAGCUUAGUCCAAAACACUGUACCAUCUCUUUUGCACUGCAAAACUGACCUCUGCCCAUUUUAAUCGGCCUUUCCGAAUCCCAUAAAAUGGUGUCCAUUCAUCAUUCCAUCCGUUCCAAACCGUUCUCCAAAAAACCCUUUCUAACGAUGCCCUGGAGGAUUUCUCGUGGCACUGACUUGCAUAUUUAUUUUUCGAAUGAGCCACAGGGAUUUUUAAAGAUCUAAAAAUCUUAAAAAUAAAAGAAAAUUAAUUCAAUUUUAGUUAACAAUGUCUUUUCUCCACACAAAUUUAAUCCAGACAGUACAGACACAAAAAAAAUUAAUUUGAUAUUUCCUUGAAAAGUGCUUGUAACAGUAAAUAAAAGUCCGUCCUCGGUUCUACGGCCAUUUUUUAACGUCAUUUUUGUCGUCAAAUUGGAAGUUCAAUUAAAAAUGUCAAAAAUUGGACUCACAGUUCAAGGAAAUUGAAAAUUUGACCUCAAAAAAUUAUCAAAAAAAAAAAAAAAUGCAAAUUUAUUAUUUAUGAGAAUGAAGGUUCAGAGCACGUCUGGAAACCCCUCAGGGAGUUAUGAAAUAAAUGAAAAGUGGUUCUUCGGACGUGUUAUUAUGUCGGCUAUUUUUGCGGCUAAUUAAGUUGGCUUCGAGAGCCCAACGAAGUUAGUUCAGAGAAAAGAUGGGAAUAAAGUGGUCAAAGAAUGUCGAGUUGAGCAGUUUCUAGGGGAAAACUGGGAGAGCAUUAUGGAAAAAAUUACGUAGAGAAUACAAAAAAAAAAUAAUAAAAAAAACAAUACAAAGUUUAAAACGAGUGACUUUUACAUAUAAUACAUAUUGCUUUGUUUUACAACGACAGUUUGGUGUUUGGCAAAUUGCAUAUAUGCAUUCGAAAGAUCUCUUUCCCCUCUACAAAACUGUGUGUUUAAUGUUUUUUGAAAUUUUUAUCUUUCAUUAUUUUUUUGGGCUCAAAAAUGUACCAUCCAGGAGGCAAAAAUUUGCGUUUUCGACACCUGCUUUUUUCGCCGUGCAAAACGUGGGCAGAAAUAGCGCUUUUCGUAUCGAAUCAUCACGGUGAUGAAAAGUGGUGUCUGUACGUAAAUACGAAGCAAAGUUUUGAUUGUCUCCUGGAGUGGGUGGCCCCAGGGCACAGUCAAGCAAGACCUCCACCCAAAAAGGCAAUGAUCUACAUUUUGGGCGCCUGGGAAGGCAUGAUGCAUUGGCAAAUGCUUGAGAAGAACGCCACGGUGAACAAGGAGCUCUAUGCUGCCAGCUACACCUCUGCCAAACAACAAACAAUCCUUGUAAAACAAUGCAGUAAAAAAACUCUGCGAACUUAGUCCCCCACCUAAUAUUUGACUGUGCUUUGUAAAACAAAAGAAAUGCGGUGUGCGUAUUUUACAUACAAUAAAAAACGAAAUUUUAGUCUUACCGAAAAAUCUCCAAAUCUUGAAAUUUGAAUUUCUAUUUCUCACCAAAAUUUCUAACAAUAAGACCUGAAAUAACAGCGAUUGACGUAUUUUACUUUUCAGACCCCCAGCUUCAGCCACAGCCCGCCUUCGACCUCGACCUUCCCGAGAGCCCCAUGCAUCUCCCCAAACUUCAACAGAACCUCACCGACAAGUUGAUGAUUCCAUAUGCGGAUGACGCGGAGAUGAAUGAAUUCACGGAUUUCCGCCACAUGAUGCUGUUGAUGUACCUGGUUCAUGCCCUUCCCUACACUCAAAGCGCAUUCAACUGGCUGUUCUACGCGUUCUUGAACAAGAAUCUACGGCACUCCCACAAAUUGCCGCAGGGCACACGGAGUGCGUUGACUUCCACGCCAAUCGAAAAUGGGCAUGGGAAUCUGAGUUUCGGGACGGGUACCCCGAUUUGGAGGAAUAUUCAGAGUAUGGGGGUGUAUUUGAAAGCAAAUGGGUUGGAUCCGUCGCAUUCGCUGCUGAAAUUGUCACCGUUCAAGUCGAAGAGGAUUCGAUCGAGGUGAGUUUUUGUUUCGGGGUAAAAAUCAAAGCGAGAAGUUUUUUUGGACUAAAAAAUUUCAUUUAUAAAGGCUUCAAAAAUCGGAGAUCAGUUACACGUAUUCGUAUUUUGCAAAUCAAUUCAUGUUUUUGCAAAAAAAUUGUGACAAAGAUAUCGUCUAUGUUUUUUACCGGUCUCUCUUCAGUUUAUAUACCUUAUUUUUUUGCUUGGAAAAUUCUGCAACCAUGCCAGCUAAAAUUUUCUAAACAAGGUAUGAGGUAUGUAGAGGGCAUAUAUUCCUAAUUUGGGAAAUCUCCAGGCCUUAUUUUUCUUGAAAGCUCUAAAAAUGUUGUUAAUGGAAAACUGCUUGUCACAGGCAUGCUUGUACCAAAAAAAAAUAUUUUUAAUUUACCCUGACAAUCUUUCAUCUCCCAUAACUCCAAUUCCCAUCUAAAAUUCCCCUUUUCAGAUCCACCACCUGCCUAGAAUCGCUCCCCGACACGACACGGCUAAAGGACGAUCAUUCUCAUCUUUCGACCCCUCUAACCUCACCUCGCUGCGCUUCCACUGGCAAUUGCUCUCCUUUAAAAUCCGGGAGAUACCUCACAGUCAAUCCGAAGGCCAAUUUGUUGAGUGCUGAAGCUCCCUUCUUUGAGCUGCCAUCAGAUGCGUCGGAUGUUUCGGGCAAUUCUCAGACUCCAUUUUGUUCGGUGAGGAGAGCGACGAGUGAACGACGACGUACCGAUCCGUUGACUGAUCAGACGAUCAAACUGGAUACUGCAAGGACAGUGCCAGAUUGUGGGAUGUUCAUGAACGACAUCUAUAUUGGACCUUUGAAUCCAAGGUAAGCGGGAUGGAUAACAUAAAAAAUAUGGAAAAGUUAGGAAAUUUUGAUCGUAUAAGAUGUCACAUGAUUCAAAAAAAAUAGUGACAGAGAAACAACAUUUUUGUCGGAUUUGAAACUGACUUUAUCAUCAUGAAAAGUAUAAAAAUUCCCAAAACCUCAGAUAUUUUUGAUCGUAUAACAUGUCACCCCAGUAAAAAUUGACAUUAUGACCGAUAGGACCUCUCCCGGCCCCUACUUAACAAAUUUUGCCACCGACAUCGCCAAAAUAUUUUCAUCGUAUAAAAUGUCCCCUGUUUAACAAUUACUCAUUUCAGCCAAAACUCAACGCCUCUACAGCCGAAACUGUUCGAUCCCAGCUCUCCGACCACCAAAUUUCAACCCGAAUCACCUCUUGUAAAUUGUAACGCCAAGUCAGUCAAACCUCCGGACAUUCGGACCAGCCUGAUCCAGGAAUCGGCCCCAAAUACCCUAGACUUUCAUUCCGUCGAAUGGCUUUAA